CUUGCAUACCCUCCGCCCUCCAACCUACCGCACAGCUAUCGAGACCACAUCCUACGAACCGUAUACGUUUUUGCGAACCAAAUCGAGCGUUACCUGCUCACAUGAGAAGGAAAUAGGGAACCAGACAGAUUCUCGCGACGAUGAAUAGAACAGGAACUGUACCUCAGUCCCUAAGGGGGGUACCUGGUGGUUUUGGAGGAGGCCAACAGACACAACAUACAGGAAGAGUGGGAGCAAAUAGGUUACCAAAUGGGAAACUGGGUAAGGGGAUGAUGACACCACUGUGUAGUGCAGUGUGUUCAUGUGUGUUGUUUGUUUUGCAGGAAAGCUGAUGCAGGACCUGCAGCUAUGCCGGUGAAUAAUGGAACAGGCUGGGCAUUUGGUGGUGUUGCUCCCAUGGGCUCUGGCAGCAUGCAAACGCCAACAAGGCAGCUCGGAGGGGCCGCAACUUUUGCACAAAGUCUCACGGGGUCAACGCCUGCAACACCACUCGAUUUAUCCGAGUUCCCUCAACUGAGCAAUAAUGCGCAAAUGUCAGGUGCAGCUCAACCUUCGAUGUGGGGCGGCCAAGCAGCAAGAAAUCUGGGCGGCCCAGCAAGAAAUCCCAGCGUUUCCAUCCCUCAGCAAGGUCAACAGGAGGACCUCUUCUCUCCCGUCUCGCGAAUUACUUCCAGCCAAAAUUCAUUUCGAUUCGGCAGCCAAGCAAACAUGAGCCAGUCUCAGCAGCCUCAACCGAACAGCGGCGAAGAGUUCCCACCCCUGAACCGAAAUGGCAAUGGCGAGAUCGGACAAGAGCGAAACGCGAACCUGAUGGCUGGCCUGGGUGGCUUCGGCUCCCAGGGUGCCGUCACGUCUCCCCCGAGCCAGGCAGGCCGGUCUGGCAACGGUCUACUAAACGCAGUCACAGCAAGUGCGCGUACCUCCGAGGCCCGCU